GUUUAUUUGUGGUCACUUUCACCUUUCCGGGGGCUCCCUCAUCUCAACUCACGUAUUGACAUUGUUGACAUCCGCAGUCUUCAUUGUUUCGACCAUGUGCUCGGGAUGAAUUGCCAGAAAUGUCGACAGCCCAUAGAGGUUGACAAUACCAUUCAAGACUUGAACCCGGCCUCGUUCGAUCUCUUGGUUGCAUCUACCAGUAAAGCGCAGAAGCCUACGAACAGUCUAUCACGUUCGAACUAUCCUCAGGAACGAAGAAAUCUCUAUGACCGUGUUUCUGCCCAUCUCAGCUCUCCUGUAUACAAACGAACUAUCCCGGCACCACAAGAUGAGUCGACUACGACUACGACUGUGCCUGCGGCUGCAGGAUAUGGUCUCAGUAACGGAAAUCCCGACAUGUCUUUUAUCGAGAUAACACAAUCUCAGGCUGUUCUACCUGACAAAGACAUGAUCAGACGCCAGACGAAGAGCCCCGAGGAAGAAGACGACGAUAGCAGGGAGAACGGCAAGAAGAAGCGGCGACGUCCAAAAGACAAGCAUGCAAUUGCGAGGGAUCUGUUUGCCAUACUGUCCUCUCAUUCUGAUGUUGACCAGCCCAUCUGCGCAGAAUGCACGUCUAUACUGUUAGCCUCGUUCAACGCACGCCUGACAAGCUCCAAUAGAGAAAGAGAUGCAUACAACUCUUUCCUCAAGUCUGUGCAGCAGACAAUCUCCUCCCAGGGAAAUGACCAAAAAGGUCAACAAGAGAAACCCAAUGCGCAAAGGGCCAAUGAGACAGCGUUCGACCACUUGAGACGGACCGAAGAUGAGUCGCAAAAAGUGGAAGGAGAGAUUGGGAAGCUGGAAGAGGAGAGUCAACAGGCCGACCUUGAGGAACAAGCAUACUGGACGUCUCGAAAUGCCGUCAACGACAAAUUGCACGACAGCACUGUGCGAUUGUUGUCGCUGCAGGAAAAGUAUACGCAUGACCGUCAACAGCUCGAGCGUUUGCAACGUACCAAUGUCUAUAAUGACACAUUCUGCAUUGGUCACGAUGGCUAUUUUGGAGUCAUCAAUGGAUUGCGACUGGGACGGUUGCCGAACCAAAACGUCGACUGGGGGGAGAUCAACGCUGCCUGGGGCCAGACUCUGCUCCUGCUGGCCACUGUUGCAGAGAGGCUAAAAUACACAUUUCAAGGCUAUCGUCUCCGACCUCAAGGCAGCACGUCGCGUAUCGAGAAACUGGAAUACCCUCAACAAUCUCCGAGCACAGCCAGACAAAGCGCAGGUACUCAAGAUCGAGGGUUACAUUCAGCAGCUGCUCAUCCUGAGCCCAAAAUCACUGUCCUGGAUCUGUUCAGCAGUGGUGACAUGCCGAUAGGGCGACUCUUCAAUUCUCGGCGGUUCGAUAACGGUAUGGUUGCCUUCCUAGACUGCUUGGGACAGCUCGGUAAAUACGUGGAGAGAACAUCCAGUAUUGACCUCAACACGAAACCUACGCCUACCAGGAGUGCGUCUUCGCGGAACAUACAAACGAAAAGGGCGCUACCGUAUACCACUGAAGACGACAAGAUCGGCAAUGUUUCGAUCAAGCUUGGUAUUGGGUUUAACCAAGAUGAGAACUUUACCAAGGCCUGUAAAUAUGCCUUGACAUGCUGCAAGUAUCUCCUUGCAUAUGUCAGUAAUCUGGAGGCACAAAAGGCGGAUUGAACAUGAGAGGGGAUGAACGAUCGCCACAUUCGAGAGACGAUUAUUAGCACUAUAUGGAGUACUCGUACUCUGGAAGCAGUGGCCGAAAGGUUCAAAGCCACAUUUCAAUGUUCAGCUGCACUGUCAACGUGCUACGACCCUACAUGGCUGUAAAGACUUUGUCAUCAACCACGUCGCCUGUGGUAGUCGCUUUGAGGCGAAAUCGAUAUUGUGGCCACCUUCGUUCGGGGGCCGCCGCGACGUUGAAUACCUUCUUUUGCAUCAUAAGCCGAGAUUAUGGACUUCUCCGCCUGCAUACGCCAUCGAUGCGGUAGUACCUCAAGAUUAGCCUUUCAUACAACAUUACAUGGGUGCA